AUGCUUCGCCUGAUGCCUAGGGGUUCAACUGUUAGCCACAGGAAGCGUUUUGAACGCGACUUUGGUCCUCAGGAAGGGCAGACUGAUCGGGAGAAGCGCAAGGGAAAGAAACCUGCUGACUAUGAGGAAUGGUUCUCGUCAAACUGUGAUGACAAAUUUCGGAUCGGAGUUGCUGUGUCAAAGAAGUCGGUGAAGUUGUAUUCUGCCUUCGCGGAGUCGGACAUCAUAUUGGCCUCUCCACUGGGCUUGGAAACUCUUUUCAAUGACUCUGAGGAAAAGACUCAGGACAUACAAUAUGUCACCGCGUCGAUUGAACUACUGAUUGUCGAUCAGGCGGAAUUCUUACUAAUGCAGAACUGGGCCGCUGUACAGGAUAUUGUUGCUCGCCUCAACCAGCGUCCUUCGAAGCCAUCGAUUACCUCGCCUGCCCGCAUCCGUCUUGCCUACCUGGCAGGCUUUGGUUCAAGAUUCCGCCAAACCCUCCUCUUCUCCGCCGUAGGCUCCCACCUCAUCUCUGCACUCUGCAGCAGGUGUGAGAACUUUCAGGGACUGAAUCUCUUCCUGCCGGCUCCCAUCUAUCAGGGCACUUUUCCAAGCUACCUGCCAGACAGUCAUCGAGUACCCGGUCUCAAACUGCCAAUACCGUUGACUAAUGGUGCAUCUGCAAACGCCCCGCAAGAGACUCACACAGUCUUGGACAAUUUCAAACUAACCCUCCUGACUUUUGGGGUGUCCGGAUCCGCUGGUUCAAAUCCUCUGUUGUUGUUCGAAAAGGGGUCUGACGCUGAUGACGAUAGCGAGGAUAGUGGUCUUAGUGACUCCGCUGACGAAGCCUCCGAGCCACCGAAAAAACGCAGGAAGCAGCCAGCUGCCUAUCGGGACACACUCCUGCUCAAGUCGGCUAUCCCGUCGGUCAACCUCACAGAUAAAGGUAAGUCUAAGUCAGUUUUCUUUGUCUUGUAG